AUGCGCAAGCUACUCACAGCUCAACGCCAAAUUCUCCGCCAGGACCACAGCGGCGGUGUAGGCUACUUCCUCUUCUCCGACGUCUUCUCCCCCUCCUCCAAAACCGCCCACUUCAACCGCGCCGUCUCCCUCAUCCGCGCCGACAAACGCUGCACCUCUCUGCUCGGCCCGGGCUCCGAAAUCGCAGCAUUCGGCGAAGUGUCGUGGUCGCGAUUAGCACGGAAUCGCUACAUCAGCAGCACCGAGGAGACGGAUAGGUGGGGCACUGAGCAUAUGCGCUUCAGGUUUUAUGUGGAAGGACCGCUGGGCCAGGGCGUGGUGCAUGUCCAUUUGAUCAAGAGGCCGAGCCAGGGCGACUUUGAGUAUCAGGAGUUGGCAGUGGAUGUCAAGGGACAUCAGCGGAUUAGUCUGAUUGAUGAGGAGAAGAAGGGGAGUGUAGCGCCGAAGAUAUUUGGGGCGCGGUGGUGGUAG